AUGCAAAGGAGUCCAUCAUCAUAAUUGUCAAUUAAUUAACUAACAAAUUCUUUAUUAGAAUGCAUUUUAAAGGAAUAACAUGGAAGCAUUAAAUUUGAUAUAAUAAAAAAAUUUUAAGAAAACAUCAAUAAUAGCGAAAUUCAUUAAAUUAUUUUUUAGCUCUGGUAAUUUUUAUUCUAAGAUUAUAGUUAUAUUUUCUAUGUAACAGGUAACAAUUAUCUCGAGGAAUUUUUGAAAAAGUAUGGCUUGAUGAAUUCUUCAAAUUAUUAUAGAUUAGAAUGGACUUUAAAAGCAUUGAGUGAAGAUUCCAAAUGUUUUCCCAUUCCUGAAUAUUUCGCUAAAUUCUUAACAGUAAUCUAUGUAAUAAUUUUAGCUUAUGAAACAUGAAUAUGUAAACAAGGGAUUAACUAAUACUAACAGCAGAGAAGAUUAUUUUUAGGAUAGUAAUUGAUUUAUUUUACGCAUAUAGUGUAUUUGAUCAAAGAAGCCAGAGCAAAUUAUCAAGACAGAUAAGAUUAAUUAAUUUUUAAUUUAAUCGAAUAGAGUCUGAGACUGAAAAGCAUUGAAAUUGAGGAAAGAAAAGAGUAGAUGAUAGCUUUUUUAAAAAAGAUUAAUCAAAAUAUAAAUUAUUUGUGGCAAAUAACUUCAUAAGGUGGCAUAACAAUACCAUUUAAUCAUGGAUAAAUAGAUUCUUAUUUAGUAGUCCAUAUUCUUGAUGAUGAAUUUACUUGUUUCAAUACUGCAAAGAGAGUUCCUUACAAAAUAAUCGUAGAAACUAUUGAGUAUUUAUAAAUGAAUAAACCUAGUCCAUCUGAAUUAGAACUCAUGAAGAAGGCUGUAGAAAUCUAUCAAAGUAGUAGUGAUAUUUAAGAAUUAAAUCCCUUUUAUGAUAUUGAGAAGGAAAUGAAAAGCAUAGCAUAAUUGAAGAUACUCUAGCAAUAUGACAUUGAUGAAUUAAAAAAGUAAUGUAUCAGGAUAUAAGAGAUUGGCAUUAAAAAAAGUAGAAUUUCAUUUAAAUCCUGAGAACUAGAAAGUAAGGAGGAAGCCAAGAGACAAAGACAUUUAUGCAUCUUCAACUAACUGUUCUUCAAUUUGGGGUGAAGAUUGGAACAAAACUUAGUCUAGAAUUCGUAAGUCAUCUUAAUUUGGACACCUUAAAACCUAUUAAAUACGACAGAUAAUAGUUAAAGGAGGUGAUGAUUUAAGAAAUGAAUUAUUAAUCAUGCAGAUGAUAAAGAAGAUAAAGGAGAUAUUUGAGAAACACAAACUAGACAUCUUUUUGAGACCUUAUGACAUUAUUUUAACUUCACCAAACAGUGGAAUAUUAGAGUUCAUUCCUAAUACUGUUUCAAUAGAUAAAAUUAAGAGAGACUAUUAAGGUUACACCUUGAAACAGCUUUAUGAGAAUUUCUUUGAUUCCUUUAGUGAGGCUUAGACUAACUUCUUAUAAAGUCUGGCAGGUUAUUCAUUAAUAUGCUACCUCUUCCAAUUGAAGGAUAGACACAAUGGAAAUAUAUUGAUAGAUAAUUAAGGACACAUCAUUCAUAUUGACUUUGGGUUCGUAUUAACUCUAACUCCAGGUAAUUUGGGAUUUGAAACUGCACCUUUUAAGCUAAUUGAAGAAUAUGAAGAACUUCUAGACGGGAAAGGCAGCUAUUUCCAUAAUUACUUCUAAACCUUAAUAUUUAAAGGUAUGAUAUUAUUAAAUCUUGAGGUCUGAUGGCAUUGUAAUAAGAAAUUGAUGAAAUUAUGAACUUCAUUAAGAUUAUGAACUUCAGUCCAAAACAUAAUCUAUUGGUGAGUUUAGAGAAAUUUAAAAUUGAAGACUUUCGCAAGAGGUUUAUGGAGAAGUGCUCUCCAGAUUAAUUAUAUGAGAAUGUACAAAAUAUUGUAAAAGAAUCCAGUAACUCAUGGACCACCACUCUGUAUGAUUAUUUUUAGUUUAAGACCAACUCUAUAUAUUAUUGA